GAGCAGUGUGGUAGGGCUGCGGCACUGACUUUCUCUAGAUCCCAGGCCCACCGGAGGGAGGGGGCGGCGGCGGCGGCACGACUCCUUUGUGACAGGUCCAAGAGAGCGGUAAAGAUGGACGCGAGGCCACAGCGCUACCAUUACGCGCAGGGCCCACCCCCGCUUCGUACCGCCCUGGCCCUCCCUCAGUCCCCUAGGAAACGCCCCUUCCUCGGUGGCAAGCCCUCCGAUGAAUAGCCAAUCAUCCAUCAGGGAUUGUGUCACGUGAUCAUACAGCCCAGCCCGCCCCCCAGGCGUGAGCUGGCCAAUCGCCUUGCCGAGGUGUGAAUGGCCCAAUCAAGUCUCCCCGGCUUCCUUUCCGGGCACCGGAUUUCCAUCGAGCUCCCGGGGAGGAAGAGACCUGCGGAUUGGGUUUCGCCGCCGGAAGCGGGGCGGAACUUUGCUGUGGCGAUUGUUCCAUUAUGGAUGGAGGGGAUGAUGGUAACCUUGUUAUCAAAAAGAGGUUUGUAUCUGAGGCAGAACUAGAUGAACGGCGCAAAAGGAGGCAAGAAGAAUGGGAGAAAGUUCGAAAACCUGAAGAUCCACAAGAAUGUCCAGAGGAGGUUUAUGACCCUCGGUCUCUAUAUGAAAGGCUGCAGGAACAGAAAGACAGGAAGCAGCAGGAGUAUGAGGAGCAGUUCAAAUUCAAAAACAUGGUAAGAGGCUUAGAUGAAGAUGAGACCAACUUCCUUGAUGAGGUGUCUCGGCAGCAGGAACUAAUAGAAAAGCAACGGAGAGAAGAAGAACUGAAAGAACUGACAGAAUACAGAAAUAAUCUCAAGAAGGUUGGAAUUUCUUCAGAAAACAAGAAGGAAGUGGAGAAGAAAGUGGCUGUGAAGCCUCUAGAAAGCAAGAACAAGUUCUCCCAGGCAAAGCUGUUGGCAGGAGCCGUUAAGCAUAAGAGCUCAGAGAGUGGCAACAGUGUGAAAAGACUGAAACCGGACCCUGACCCAGAUGACAAGAAUCAAGAGGCCUCGUCCUGCAAGUCUCUUGGGAACACCUCCCUGAGCGGCCCCUCCAUCCACUGCCCGUCGGCCGCAGUCUGUAUUGGCAUCCUCCCAGGCUUGGGUGCCUACUCUGGGAGCAGCGACUCUGAGUCCAGCUCAGACAGUGAAGGCACCAUCAACGCCACCGGGAAGAUCGUCUCCUCUAUUUUCCGAACCAACACCUUCCUCGAGGCCCCCUAGCUCCUCUGUCCCUCCCAGAGGGAGCUGCUCCCAAGGGUAGAUCGGACUGUUCAUUCUGCCUCCAGGCAUCACAUCCCUCAAAAAACUCCUUUGCCUGCUUCCUGUGUACACCGUGACACUUUUAACCUAAUCUAAAAAUGUGCCAGAAUCUACUUGUGGCCGGAAUUGUGUUUGGUUUUUCUUCCCACUCAGUGCAGAGGCCAUACCCGUCCCUCUGCCUCCUUCCUCACUGACGUGACGGAAUGUGGGGCAAGGCCCUGCAGAAAUGCCACUAACAAUGUCCUGAGAGGGGGACAGGCACCAGCUGGCUUGCAGAGGGCUUUGGGUUUUAUUGCUUUCUGGUAGUGUCUUUUUUUCCUCUCCCAACAGCAUAAAGAAGCAAGGGCAGUUAUUGGACAGGUGUCAUUUAAACAUUUCUUAUAGAUAGACACGUUGUGUGGCCCUGCUGCAUUGUGGAGCAUGUGGGAGAAGGGGACUGACCCGGGUGAUGAAAUGGAGCCCUUCCCUGGAACUAACCAGUCCUUGAUGUUGUGUGACUCAGUGAAGACUAUAAAUUAUAUCUGCAGGGGGUGUCACUUAACAGCAUUCAUUGUGAAGUUUGCCCUCACCCAUGGCCAUCCUUUCUCCCCUCCAUCCAGUCCCAUUUCUGUAGGAGAAGACUGGCAACGGGAAAGCUUCCAUCUUCUCCUUGGACCUUUUCUUAGACUGGCAAAUGAUUUUGUUUUUGUUUUGAAAUAAAAGAUUUAGUUUAAGAUUC